CGGUUCCGCCCUCCAGCGGUCCUGACCUUCGCCCUCUGCUGCGCAGAAGCGGUUUACAAGAUCCUGGAUGCAUGGCGUCCCUGGGGUCUGUGACCGCGGCGCUGCGGGUGGUUGAGGCGCUGGAAGCCAUCGCGAGCCGCUGCGUGGGGCCCGAGGGCGGGCAGGUGUUGUGUACGAAGCCUACCGGGGAGGUGCUGCUGAGCCGGGAUGGAGGCCGCCUCCUGGAGGCGCUGCACUUAGAGCAUCCCUUAGCCAGGAUGGUAGUGGCAUGUGUUUCCAGUCACCUUAAAAAAACAGGAGAUGGUGCUAAAACGUUUAUUAUUUUUCUUUGCCAUUUACUCAGAGGACUUCAUGCAAUCAGAGAAAAAGAUUCAUUCACUUCUGAAACUACUCAGACCUACGAAAGGCAUUGGAAAAACUGUUGCCAGUGGAAAUCUAUUUCCCAGGCCCUGCUGACGUUUCAGACACAAAUACUAGAUUGUAUUGUGGAUCAGUAUUUAAGCAGGCACUAUCUGUCUAUCUUUUCUUUGUCUGCUAAAGGAAGAACACUUUGCAGGCGCUCUUUAGAGUCACUCCUGGAAGCAUACUUGUGUGGAAGAGUGGGAAGAAACAAUCACAGGUUUAUUUCACAGUUAAUGUGUGACUACAUUUUUAAGUGUGUGGCUUGUAAAAGUUCAAUUGAAGUAUUCGAGUUGGUGGACAACUGUUUUGUCGAAUUGAACAUUGGUGUGACGGGCAUUCCUGUUUCGGGUUCUAGAAUUGUGGAUGGCCUUGUGCUUCACCGAGACUUCUCUGUUUAUUGUCCAGCAGAUGGGGACAUAAGGAUGGUGAUGGUAACAGAAGUCCUCCAGCCUCUGUUUUCAUCGUCCAAGUCAGAGUUUAUUCUAGAUUCAGAAGCGCAGUUUCAGGCAUCUCAGUGUUGGAUCGUGGAAAGGACAAAAGCCGUAAUGAAACAUUUGCAUAGUCAGAACAUAAAACUGAUCCUGUCCAGUGUGAAGCAACCAGAUCUGGUUAUUUAUUGUGCAAGACUUCAUGGCAUAUCAGUGGUGGAGUGUUUAUCAUCUGAAGAGGUUUCUCUUGUCUGGAGGAUCACCGGCCUUCCUCCUUGUGUUUUACCACAGGUCUCUUCACAGGGUGAAAUUUCUGAUACGACUUUGGUGAAGUUUUGUAAACCCCUCAUCCUGAGAUCCAAAAGGUAUGUUCAUCUUGGCUUGGUUAGCACAUGUGCCUUUAUACCUCACUGUGUGAUCCUUUGUGGACCGGUUCUGGGUCUCGUUCAGCAACAUGAGAGUGCUUUCCAUGGAGCGUUUAAGAUGCUUAGGCAGUUAUUUACUGACCUUGACCUAAAUUAUAUCAUACAAACCAACACCCAGAGUGACUCAAGUCCUCUUGCUUAUCACAACAGCAGAGAAUGUAAUCGCCUACCAGAAAUUGGUAAGUAUCAGGACAUAAUAGUAAAGAGUGAAAAUAAAUUGAAAAACACUCAAACACAUUUAAAAGUAUAUUCAAAUGUGGUGGCUUCAGAUACAGAAUUAGAAACACAUGUGCCAUGGUCAGCACACAAGGAGACACCAAUACAUACAUCUCAAACCAAUGAUAUACUCAAGUGCUUGUCUCCAGAAAAAAACUGGAAAAUUGAUGACUGUGAACUAUUCAUUGAGAGUAACCCCACUGGAAAUCCUACAGCAGAAGACACUAGAACAGAAAUUUCUUAUGAAAAUGUACAGGUCACAAAUAAUCCUGGAAAAGAAUACACGUUGCCAGUGAUGUACAAGUCACUAGAUGCAUGUACUUCUCAGGGUUAUUGUUCAUCAACUAUACCAGCAGGCUGUGUUCUGCCAGUGGGUGGUAACUUUGAGAUCUUGUUACAUUACUAUCUCCUCAACUAUGCCAAACAAUGCCGGCAAUCAGCUGAAGCCAUGGUCAGUAUGUUAAUAUCUGAUGCACUUUUAGGCCUCCCUAAAACCCUUUACAAGCCUAAGAAGGGGAAGGACAGCUUUCCACAAAUAUAUAUUCGAUCUCUCCGUGCACUGCAGACCAGUCAAGCCAUGGUAAGUGGUCAGUCAGGCUUGGAGCCAGUAGCUGGUAAGUACCAGUUAGUAGCUUCAGUUAUUCAGUGUUUGGCAAAAAUACUAACCAUUGAUUUAAUAAUCAAUAUUAAGAGACAGCCUCAGAAAAUUGAUGACCAAGAUUCAGAAGAUGAACUUGAACACUAAGCUUUUUGUUGCUCAAACUUUGAAUCUGGGAUCAGGGAGAAGGCAAACAGAGGACCUGUGGUCAAUGCCCAGGGCCCACCGGGUGGAAGGACAGGAUGGAGUCUGGAACAUUGUUCUGUCUCCUACACACAUUCAUAGAUGCAAGCAUGAAACCUUAGAAAAAAGAUGUAUUCAACUCAAGCUUAAAAUUCAAACAGGCUUCUGGCUGACUCUGAAGUCAAUCUAGUCUUCACCCUAAGUCCACUGAGGCCACCUGACCAUUCAGACACAAAUAGCAUCUCUCUAUGGAAGCAAACCUGGCUCAGUAUGUUCUUUUCUACGUUAUAUAUCUGUGUUGGGUCUGCAUUAGUCUGUUUCUAAAGGAGCAUGUCUGUAUCUCCCUUUUCUGCAUUUCCUCCCCACUUCAUUUCCUUGAACGUCCUGUAUUUCAUAGAGUCAUGUAAUCUCCUGACAUGAAAGAAAGAGUCUGCAGAUGCCAUCUCACAUUGUUUAUGAACGGGAAUAUAAAAUGUUAAUGUUCUGUCAAAAAUAAUUUUUCUGUGGGUGAAAUCUGUAAAGCAGUAAAUAAAAGUCAGAUCUCUGUAAAAGCAUAU